AUGCCAACACUCUCGGAAAAGAAUCGAACGGACCUUCAGGAACAAAAGAAGGGUUUCAAAAUAUUCUCCUUCUUGUUGAAAAAGAGACAAUCCACACAGAAAGGAGGCUCACCAUCCACUCCUUCCUCGUUGAAUUCAUCGUUAGGUGCUGACCGUAGGAGCACUGCAAGUAGCAGUUUUGACAGCAAUGAGAAUAUGGAUUGUUGUGAUAACACAACGAAUCAUCUCACAACUCUAUUGUCAACCACGAACAAGUCUCAACCAAGCUGCAUGACAACACCAUCCUCUCACCAACAACAUAACAACACGACACAACAACAACAAGCAUCUCUGGGUACUUUAUCUUCGGAUAGAGCUCAAAAUAAUAGAAAUUCAGCCCGUAUCAUUAGGAGAAAUGACAGUCAACGUUUUAAUGACAAGUUGAACAAUCGAAAAAGUGCAGCAUUUACGAGAGGCCUCCAAACAACGAGUACGGACGAAGAAAUGUAG